AUGGAAACAAUCCACAAUCUCAACACCGGUGUGUCGGAGCCGGUCGAACAACAGCCGCAAGAGUCCGCUUUCGAGGCGUCACCGGUAUCGCAUCCCGCCGGGUCUACAGAUGAACCGACCAGCGCCUCCGUCUACCACCGCAGUGGAUAUAACAGUGAUUCCCACGCUCAAUACUCCUCAUUGACAACCCAUCAGCCGCAACCUCCAACGUCAUCUCGACCGAGUUCGGGUUUGUCCGGUCCCGAGCGAUAUGGCCCGUCCCAGGAGGUCACCCAGAAACAGCCGUCACAGCCGCCGUCGUCACAAACCAAGAACAGCGUGGUGAUCAAAGUCGGAAUGGUCGGCGAUGCUCAGAUCGGCAAGACCAGUCUGAUGGUGAAAUAUGUCGAAGGCAGUUGGGAUGAAGAUUAUAUUCAGACGCUAGGGGUCAAUUUCAUGGAAAAGACCAUCUCCAUUCGCAACACGGAAAUCACCUUUUCGAUCUGGGAUCUGGGUGGUCAACGGGAGUUUGUCAAUAUGCUUCCCCUCGUCUGCAACGAUGCCGUUGCCAUUCUCUUCAUGUUCGAUCUCACUCGUAAGAGCACGCUGAACUCCAUCAAGGAGUGGUAUCGUCAAGGUCGGGGGUUCAACAAGACGGCCAUUCCCUUCCUGGUGGGGACUAAAUAUGACCAUUUCGUCAACUUCCCCCGCGAAGACCAGGAAGAGAUCUCGAUCCAGGUACGCCAUAUCCCGAGACGUGGAAUCCCAUGUACUGACGGUCUCAAGGCCAAGCGAUUUGCAAAAGCGAUGAAAGCUAGCUUGAUCUUUAGCAGCACAAGCCACAGCAUCAACGUACAAAAGAUCUUCAAGAUCGUUCUGGCCAAGGCCUUCGACCUGAAGUGUACCAUUCCGGAGAUCGAGAACAUCGGCGAACCCCUCCUGCUUUAUAAAAACGUCUAG